GGCGGGGCCUGCGGGGUGAGGGGUCGGUAAAUAGUGGUGACGUCAGGUGGCCAAGAUGGCGGAGGGGGAGGACGCGGGCUGGUGGCGGAGCUGGCUGCAGCAGAGCUACCAGGCCGUCAAGGAGAAGUCGACAGAAGCUUUGGAAUUCAUGAAGCGGGACCUGGCCGAGUUCACCCAAGUCGUGCAGCACGAUACAGCCUGCACUAUCGCCGCCACGGCCAGCGUGGUCAAGGACAAGCUGGCAAAGACAGAAGGUUCCUCAGGUGCAACUGAAAAGGUGAGGAAAGGGCUCUCCGACUUCCUGGGUGUCAUCUCGGACACGUUUGCUCCUUCGCCAGAUAAGACCAUUGACUGCGAUGUCAUAACGCUGAUGGCAACACCCACGGGUACCACGGAGCCCUAUGACAGUGCUAAGGCUCGUCUCUACAGUCUUCAGUCAGACCCAGCCACCUACUGCAACGAACCCGACGGCCCUGCUGAGCUCCUUGAGGCCUGGCUCUCUCAGUUUAACCUAGAGGAGAAGAAAGGGGAGAUCUCAGAGCUGCUGGCGACCAGCCCUUCCAUCCGCGCGCUCUACAGCAAGAUGGUCCCCGUGGCUGUUUCUCAUUCUGAAUUCUGGCAGCGCUACUUCUAUAAAGUGCAUCGCCUGGAGCAGGAUGAGGUCCGGAGGGAAGCUCUGAAGCAGAGGGUGGAGCAGAGCAUGCACCGAGAGGAGCCAGGCUGGGAGGAGGAUGAAGAGGAGUUUUUGGGAAUGUCACCCCUGCCUUGUGCAAAUGUGAAAUUUCCAGAAGCAGCAGAGAAGGAAUCUGCCCCUGCAGCCCCGGAGGGAAGCCACCCCACCCCCCUCAAGGGACCCCCAGAGGAAAGCUGGGCUGUCCCCCCUUCCGAGUCGGCCCCAGCAGAGGGGAGCCCUUCUGAGAGCAGUGAGAGCGUCUCCCUUGUGACUCAGAUUGCAAACCCUGCCUCUGUGCCUGCCGCGCAGCUACAGACUGGAGCACAACCAGCUGGGGCCCGGGACCUCUCCCAGAGGCUGCUGGAGGCCACCUCGGAAGAGCAGGGCUCCCCGCCGAAGCCUGCGGAGCCUGGCCAUCCUUCUGCCGCUGCCUCGGAGCCGCCAGCAUCCUCAGAGCAGCCAGCUGCCACAGAGCCCAAGGAGGUGGAGAGCAAAGCCCAGGGCAGGACAGAGACUCUGAAAGAGGAAGGACCAACGGAUUUACGAGUCUUCGAGCUGAAUUCUGAUAGUGGGAAAUCCACGCCCUCCAACAACGGCAAGAAAGGCUCCAGCACUGAUAUCAGUGAGGACUGGGAAAAGGACUUUGAUUUGGACAUGACUGAAGAGGAGGUGCAGCUGGCGCUCUCGAAGGUGGAAGUAUGUGGGGAGCUGGAAGAUGAAGAGUGGGAAGACUGGGAAUAAAGCGACUGCUUCCAGCGUGUGUCACAGGCUCAUUUCCACCAUCGAAUGUGAAUUAAAUCACGGACCGGCUAUUCCUUUGUGUGUAACUGUGCUGGGGAUUGCAGUUCCAGGCUGGAAGAGUUUCAUCCCUGCUAAAUCCUGUGGGCAACUCAAAUGACCUGUUCAGAGCUGGAGGAGGAGGAAGCAGGAGUUCACUUGUACACUUAGCUGCUAGGGAGCCCAUCCUGUCCGUAGGUCCUAGAGACUUGGCAAGGCCAGAACUGACUGCCCCUGACUGGGUGGAGGCAGGUGUGGUGCAGCGAGGGGUCCCUAGGGUGAGCGGGGCACUGAGACACCUGGCAGGAUCGCUUGGUGCCCCCAGACUGCCAGUUGGCUGAUUGUCUGCUUGUGUGUGUGCGUAACCUACCGUGCGGCAGUUCAAAGGCUCUUCGAGGCAAGCUGCUCCCGCUCGCUUGCUGCUCUGCGCUGCCAAGCCGUCCCUGGAGAAAGCCCCUGAACGGGGACUGGCCGGGGGCUGGAGAUGCUGCAGCUGAAGUAGCUCCUGCUCUAGCACUCAGCACCGCGAGGAAAGGCAGCUGGCUCGUGGCUUUGGCCCAAAGCUGGGCCCUACUGGAAGGAGCCAAACUCUCUGCCAGCUCCUGAGCUUCUGCCUGGCCUGGCUUUUUGUCUUGGAAGCUUUUUCUAAUGGAAACUCCUGUUUCCUGCUGCAAGAGCAGCAGCUUCUCUAAGAGCCAAGGGCUGACGCUUUCCCCUCUGCAGCCAUCCCAGCUGCACUACUUUCCUCUGCUGGGUUUUGAGUACUUUAGUUAAAUUCUCCAAGCAAAGUGCUUGUGGCUUGCUGUUACCUGAGCACUCUGGCUGGCAGUGAUCUGGGUCACCCUGGGAGCAGAACCUCUCCGUUGUGGUGCCCACUGCAGCCCACUGACCAUGUCAGCCUCUGCCCUGGCUGCAAGGCUCAGCUGAUCCCCUCUCUUCCCAGGGCAGGGGGGGCAAGUGUGGCUGGUACCUGCUGGCUGAGACUGUGUUAAUUGGUCUGACCCUCCCUCAUGUCCCAGCUGCACCAGGCUUCACGUGGCUGCCAGGGUUACCAGCCUUGCUGUGCACACCUGGUGUCCUUCACUUAAACCACGCUGCCACUGCUUGCAAUGCUCCCUUGGGACCCACGGCCUCUAUCCCCAGAGCAGUUCCCUUCUAAUGUCAUAAAAUGCUCCUUGAUGGAUGUUGCUAAUCUACAGUCAUCCGAAAGGGACAGAGCCCGCACCCCUGUGUCUGGCCUUUCAGGCAUUGAUUUUAUCCAUGCUACCUUUGUCAUUCUGCCUCUUUGAGAGCUGCUUAUUUGGAGUUAGGGGUUUUCUUCCAUUUCUGGAUAGCCUUAGCUUAGGGGUACUUGGGAGAGUUUUUUUUUCUUUGGGGAGGUUCUUAAAUGCAGCUGCCUGCACGGCUUGGUGGUUGUUAAUGGUGACUUCAGGCCCAAACACGAGAGCUUGUUGGUACUGCAAAAGUCCCAAGGGCCCGGGAUUGCUGCAGCGCAGCUCCUGCUUCUUCAUGUCCAAGGGGCCCAGCAGCAUCUCCGAGCUGUGCUGCCGCCUUGCCCUGUCCUGGGCUCUGACACAGCCCAAGGAGGCAGCUGCAUUCUCGCUGUACAGAGGCAGGAGCCAAGUUUAGCUACAGCGGGAAACUUGUAGGUUGGUGCCCUGAUGCUGGUGGGGCUGUUUCUAUUGAAGGGCUGCGUGGGCGCUGCUGGGCUGUGUUGCUGUGGGGUGUGAAGGUGAGUCCUGGCUGCACCCCUGGGCCUGCAGCGGAGCUGCCGAGGGUGCAGUGCUCGUCUGUGUCAUUUUUUUUCUUUAGUCAAAUUAACCGUUUGGUUGUCUGUGCAAUAUUCUCUGUUCUGAACUAUUCUGCAUCUCCCUGAGCCUUUUCUAGCUGGGGUGAAAACCAGAAACAAUUCUAACAGCUGGUAGUUUUGUAAUGACGACUUUCUCCAAACCUUUUACAGACUUGCAGUUAACAGCAAUUAAAGGAAUUCUACAGAGUC